UCCUCGCCUCCCUCCGCCUUCCCUCCCACUCCACUGGGCCGCGAGGAAGUCGCAAGAUGGCUGACGUCGCUUGGAAGUAACGUUCCCCUCUGCAACAUGAAGCCGUGAGCGUGGAAGAAAGCGAGGGAGGCACCAUCGGGCUUUUAUUUUUAUUUUCUUUUAGUUACUUUUCUUUUCUUUCGUCAAACAUCCAUCUCAUUCCGCGUCGUGUCCGCCCCGGACUUGUCUUCGGGAGUUGACGCGUCAAAUCACGCCGGGGACCCUGCCAGCAGCAGCUAGCAGCUUAGCCACAGUUAGCAAAUAUUAGUGCAGCCAGGCACGCUGCUCAUUAGUUUGUGUUAAAUUAAUAUUCUGACACCUGUUAUCCUGCACGCUGGUGUAGCACACGUGCUGAAAUUUCCCAGAGCCAGUGGCGAAUAAAUGUGAACAUUUUCAUCUGUCAGGUUUAAAAAAGAAAACAACGGUUUUCAAGCUGCUCGGUUCACCAUCAUGUCCGCGAACUGGCCAUCCAGCCUGUGGGUUUGCUAACUAAAAAAAAGCGCAGUAUUGCAUCUGUUUCAUGUGCACAAAACAGCGGGAUUUUUUUUUAUUUUGCAGACAUUUCUCGGUCCACCAUCUCGCUGCAUUUCUGUUACUCGCUACCGACUGCAUUUUGGAAGCUGGUCUUGUUAAAGCCAAAUUAUGGGAGCAGGAAACGUGUUAAACUUUUUCUGGUAGGUAGGUAGCUACACUGGCCUUUUCUGGCAUCUCACCAAAAAUCCACAGGGAUGGACACUAAACUGAGCACCCUCGACCAAAACUAAAGUAAAGAAAUAAAACAAACAAAUUGGCAUUUCGAUAUCUUGGGAUAACUACCAGAAACAGUCGUGCGGCGGUGCAUGGUGACUCGUUUUGCUAGGCAGCGUGACAGCCAAGUUGGUUUGCUGGGUUAACUAAACUACAGUUUUGUCACUACAUCGGAGACCAGUUAGCUUUGCCCCGGAGUGCACAGCUAGCUGCAAGUCUCGCCCCACAACACGUUACAAACACGGCGUACAGAACGUAUUCAGAGCCCGCUCCCGGUCAGACGCACCGGCUCAAUAACACCGUCAUGGGAGUGCAGGGCUUUCAGGAGUAUUUAGAGAAGCGGUGUCCCGGGGCCACGGUCCCCGUGGACCUCCUCAAGCUUGCCCGGACCGCGGCCCGCCAGCCCCCUCACCAUCAUCACCCACACCACCACCCACAUCACCCCGGGCCCAUGCCUCCCCCGCCCCCGCCUGCCAGGAUCCUAAUCGACGCUGAUUCCGGCCUGCAGCGCCUGUACGGCGGCUACCAGACGGACUGGGUGUGCGGAGGCGAGUGGAACGCCAUGCUGGGAUACCUGGCCGCCCUGUCGCAGGCCUGCUUGUACCAGGGUGGCCUGGAGCUGGUCGUGGUUUUCAACGGCACCCUGGGGAAGGAGCGCUGGCCCGAGUGGGCGCGGCGAGCUCAGAGCCAGCGACAGACGGCGCAGCUGAUAGUCAACCACGUCGGCAGCAAGGCCACCCCGCCUCCCCGGGCAUGGUUCCUGCCCCCGGCCUGCCUCAGCCACUGUGUCCGCCUCGCCAUGUUCCGCUUCCGAGUGCGGGUUGUACAGACUUUGGAGGACCACCACCAGGAAGUGCUCUCUCUCUACAGGGACUAUGGAUUUGCAGGCCUGAUCGCUCAGGAUUCAGAGUUUGCCCUCUGCAACGUCCCCGCCUACUUUUCCUCGCAUGCGCUCAAACUGAGCUGGAACGGAAAGAACCUGACCACACACCAGUAUCUGCUGUCCGAGGCCGCCAGGCAGCUCGGGCUCAAGACACAGCACCUGCCCUGCUUUGCUGCUCUGCUGGGAAAUCAUAUUUUGCCUGAUGAAGACCUGGCUGCCUUCCACUGGAGUCUGCUGGGACCAGAACACCCACUAGCCUCCCUCAAGGUGCGAGCCCAUCAGUUGGUGCUGCCGCCCUGUGAGGUGGUGAUCAAAGCCGUCUCAGAGUACGUCGCCUCCAUCAAAGACCUGGGAAACCUCGACGCCAUUGCCAGAGAUGUCUUCAAACAGUCACAGUCUCGUAUGGAGGACAAGGUGGAGCGAUUCAAGAAAGCUGUGGAGUAUUUCUCAGCUGCCUCCAAACCCCGCUCACCUAACAUGGGGCCCUCCUCUUUCAUCUUACCUGGGUUUGGACCUGCUCCAUUUGGGGGACCACCUGGUCACAUGGGACCGAUGCAGCCUGGAAAGAAUCAGUUCCCUCCCCCCCAGGUCCCGGGGUUAAAGCCACACUAUCAAAAUGCUCCAUAUGGACCUGGCUCCGCCCCUCUGUUCCAGACCCCACAGCCACCAUCCCAAGACUGCAAUGACUCACUGACGGGCAAGAUGGGCUUCACUGACUGGUCAGCUCCAUAUGAUUCCACUCAGGGGGGAAGUCGACUACCCAAUCAUCACACCGGCACUCUGUCUGGCCCCUCUCCGUCUCCUUCCUCAUCGUCGGAUGGAGAUGAACCCAAUGACAGCAACGCCAACCAUUUGACAGACAAGUCCUCUCGGUGGGAGGAUCCCACUGGAAGAGGGGGCUCCGGCUCUGGAGACGGUUCCCAAGGCAACGGGAGCGGGUCAAACAUUCCGUCACUGUUAUCUAUGGCGACGCGGAGUCACAUGGACAUAACCACACCCCCUCUGCCUCAGGUCAGCGCUGAGGUUCUUCGUGUAGCCGAACACAGACACAGAAGAGGGCUGAUGUACCCCCAGAUUUACCACAUAUUGACCAAGGGAGAGAUGAAGAUGCCAGUGUGUAUAGAGGAUGAGUGUAACUCUGAGCUGCCUCCUGCCUCGCUGCUGUUCCGUGCCGCCAGACAGUAUGCCUACGGCGUCCUCUUCAGCCUGGCUGAAACACACCGCCGCCUGGAGAGGCUCGCUCUCCGCAAGAGGGCUCCCCUGGAAGUUCCUCCAGUGAUUAUCAAAGAGUGGAGCAGCGGUAAGGCCAAGUCGGCCCUAACGCCAGAGCUGGUUCCCGCCUUGUGUUUCCGUGAGUGGACCUGCCCCAACCUCCGGCGGCUCUGGUUAGGUCGUGCCAGCGAGGACCGCUCCAGGAGAACCAGGGCCUUCCUGGCCUGCCUACGCUCAGACUGCCCAGCCCUCCUCAACCCAGCACAGGUCCCACAGCAUCUGCUGCUCAUGUGCUGCGUGCUCAGGUAUAUGAUGCAGUGGCCUGGAGGAAGGAUCCUCCAGAGACAUGAGCUCGAUGCCUUCCUGGCCCAAGCUGUUUCCAGCCAGCUCUAUGAGCCUGACCAGCUACAGGAGCUGAAGGUGGAGAAGGUGGAUGCUCGCGGCGUGCAGCUGGCUGCUCUCUUUAUGGCCGGCGUCGAUACGGCGCUGUUUAUCAAUGAUGUCUGCGGUCAGCCGUUGCCGUGGGAACACUGCUGCCCCUGGGGCUUCUUCGACGGCAAACUGUUCCAGAGCAAACUGGCCCGAGCCGCCCGCGACCGAGCCGCCCUGCUGGACAUGUGUGAGGGGCAGGAAGAGCUGGUGUCCAAGGUCGAGAAGAUGCGCCAGGCGAUCCUCGAGGGCAUUAACCUGUCUCGCCCUCCUCCUCCACCACCACCUCUUCCACCUCCUGCCUUCCUUCCCCCUGCCAUGAUGCCCCCUUUCUACCCCAUGCCUCCUCUCUACCCACCCCGUCCCAUGGGCGGCAUGCCCCCGCAUCACCCACAUCAUCCACACCACCCAGCCCAGCACAGACCCCGAGGCUUCCCAGGCAUUCAGUCCAUCCCCCCUCAGGGAGGGAAACUGGAGAUCGCUGGCAUGGUGGUUGGUCAGUGGGCUGGCAACAAACCAGUCCGUGGGAGAGGGGGCUUGAACAUGCAGGUGGUGUCAGUGGGAGCCGGGAAAGGGAGGGGUAAAGAGACUCCAGCAAAACUAAGGGGAGGGAAGAAGACAACUGCCAACAGAACACAGACGUCGUCCCCCCCAUCCAGCAGUCCCCCAAAGCCCUCCGAGGAGGUGGGUUCCACGCCAGAGGUUGCCUCUCAGCAGCUGAAUGGCAGCUCAGCAGCCUCCGCCAUCGGCCAGCCCUUGGAGCUGACUCCCCUGGCCCAGCCAACCCCGUGUGCCUUAGCCAGCAGAGACAACCAAUCAGAGGGGGUGGAAGUGGAGGCCCCCUGUUGCCUUGACGACUGCCCGUCAGACGGAGCACUACAGAAGGAGGAGUGAUGGCAUCCUUAUCAGGAUGUGCUGCUCUAAGAGAGUUAUCUGUGUUCGACUGCCUUUCCCUGUUUUUGUAGCCCUGUCUGCUAGCUGUGCACAUCAUCACACGGCGCAGGAGGCGACGGGAGGCCCGUCCUCGCCUCCUCUGCUGCGACGUGUGAUUAGCUAAACCAGUUAGCCGUUCCCCCCUCCCCCCUAUAAGUUUUCUCAUAUGGUUUUACAUUGUUUCUAAAGAGACGUUUUUCCAUGAGUCCGUAAGCGCCCCACCUGUCAAAAGAAAAAAUCCUCCCCUAUCCGCACUCAGAGUGAAAUAAGCUUAUAACCCCGCCCCAUCACCGCCACAUCUUUAAUCAAUCCCGCCCCCGUUUAUUAGGGCUGUCUGUACAGUUUGAUUAUUUAGUUUUUUCAGUCGUCCCGUUGUUCGACUCUGCACACAAACGUUAAGCAUGCAGCAACGGUGACAGGCAGUCGUUGUAUGUUGAUGUGGUUUGUUGCCAUAGCCAACUCACGAGAGGUCAGAUGUUCAGAGCCUGACUCUUCUGUGCAGCGACCCUUGCCAAACUCCAUUCUGCAACCAGGUCGGCGGGCAGCGCUGCUAAACAUGCAGCGGUAGCACUCGCAUCAAACCCCGUUAUUUUUUGUUUCGUUUUAUUCUUUGAUUGAUUGAUUUGAUUGGUUAAUCAGUCACUGAAGCACUUCUGCACCACCACGGCAUUAGUGUGAUAUCUUACUUUGCCCAGUGUAGCAUAGCCUAGUACUUAGCUGUGCUAAGAGAUCCCAUGAAUUUAUGCACCUUAAGCCCUACAGUAUGCAAGAUUUCCCCCCGACCCUCCAAAAAAAGAAAAAAAAAAUUGCAUUAUUAUGUUAUUGUCCCACCCCUCACCCCACCCCCCUCCUCCCAAAGCUUUGAUUGUACUACCCCAGCAGAAGCACUUAAUGUUCUAUUUAAAUAUAAUGGAUUUAAACAAGCCCCUAGACAGUUGAAUUGACAGUCGGUGAGGGGCGUUCCCCGCGCCCGAGUAAAUCAUUAUGACACAUAGAUCUACAUUUAAAGGUAGAGAUCUAUUUGAGAGACGUCAGAAUGUGAACAGAGUGGUUUCAGACAAAGAAGCACUUUGUUUUAAAAAAUGUUAAACCACACUGGACAGUCCUCUAACAGUUGAUAUAGAAAUGACAACCUCUCUGAGGCACCUUCUUCAGUUAAAGGCCAAAAACGUAGGAAUGGAAACUGUCCAGUAAAAGAUGGAAAUGAGCGGUGAGGUUUUUGGGCGACUGCUGCCAGGCAGAGUUCCCCUCAGACUGCCCUCAUACAUUCACUUUGCUAUGAAGCUAAAAGGAGUCUUGAUCGUCCACGUCGAGGAGAUCCUGGGAAUCAUUUCAGAUUUCUUAAAAACUAUUUCCAAAGUGUAUUUUCAUAAGACACAUGUGAUAUAAAAGGGGCGUGGCAGCAAAGCCUCAAAAGAUUGAGCAGCUGUUGUCAUUACGAAUGCCCGACACUGAGAGCCGCUGCUCGGCGAAGCUCCGGUGUGUCACUUUAGACCAGCAGGAAGCACUUCCCUGCCCCUGAAGCGCCUCAGCCGAGCGUGGCGCGAGCCUUCACGGGCUGGACCGCAUCGUCACUUGACAGGGGAGAGGGAGGCCUCGUGGCGGACCCCCGAGCGUGCCGCUCACAAUCUGAGACUUCUAGGAAAUGUUUUAUUAGAGCAUUUAUGUUUGUAGAGAAUGAAAUGUGUCCCCCACCUCCACACACACACAGUAACGUCUCAUCUGACAAAGGAAAUACAAGCAUGUACCUUCUUAACGAUUAGCUGUAGCACAACUGCAAACGUCAAAGCAGUAGAGCGACAGAUACUGCCUGAGAGAUGCUGGCCACGGUCGUUGUAAUCUCUCUAAAACGUACGUAGAGAGGCUGAAAUAAACUCGUCACAUGGAAAAAAGGGCAAGUCAGCAAAGAAGCACCUUAUUUUCUUACUACAUUGAUGACUUGCGCUUCAUCGUGUGCCACAAAAUUUAACACGGAAGAAAAAAGCUCCUAUGAAAUGCUUUUUUUUUUUUCUUUCUUUUUUUUUCUCGUUUCUUUUUUGUU